AACUCAUCUUCAUCUUCUCAGAUAUACCUACCAAUUUUCCAUCCAAUUCAAUAAUCACAUACAUCUAUACAACAUGCGCCCAUUCACAUCUCUCCCCCGCGGUCUCCGCACUAUCCAGUCCUCUCUUCCCCGCGCUACCAUCACCCGCGCCUCUCAAACAUCCUCCCGGCCAUUCACUCAGCUCCUCCAUCGCCAAACACCAACAGUCUACUCCCCGCGGGUCACUGCACACCUCACUACCACCAGACUCAACUCCUCCUCAGCAAAACCUCUAACCGACCGCUCUCCCGACGCAACAACCGACGCCCAAAACGAAGAACAGAACCGUCUCCGCCGUGAACAGGAGCCCGCAUACCAAAUCACAUUCACCUGCAAGCCAUGCGGAGAGCGUUCCUCACACCGCAUGUCGAAGCACGGAUACCACCGCGGCACUGUGUUGAUCAAGUGCCCCUCGUGCGAUGCUCGUCAUGUCAUAGCCGAUCAUUUGAAUAUCUUCUUCGAUAAGAAGAGUACCCUUGAGGAUAUCUUGGCCCGGCAGGGUGAUAAGUUGACUCGUGGGUAUGUGGACGGUGAUAUGGAGUUUUGGGACGAUGGGAGUGUUAACAAGAAGGAGGGUGAGAGUGAAGGGGAAGAGGGGAAGUCGGCUUAGACUACUACUACACUGUUGACUUGCCUAUGCAUUGUGUUUGGGGUCUAGAAAAGUUGAUGAGCGUUUGGCGUCUUGGUUGGGGUUGAUAUCAAUCAUCAUUGGGAUUGGAGUAUGUACACUCUGCUCUUGGGAUAUACAUUGUACUUUUAUAGAUGAACGGAAGGUGAAGAUGAAGACAAAGAAUCAUAUGUACGAUAGAUAGACAGCUCAUCUUAAACAUGAUCGAUCUCCUAUUCUCCCAAC